AUGAACGAAGAUGAGCUAUGGCUGAGCGACGAGAUUGGCGAUGAAGACGACGAGGAUUUUAUCGGUCCAAGCUCCUUCACGAUGGCCCUGACAUACCAGGGGCCACCAGGGGAAUUUAGGACGCGUAACAAACAGGGCCAGCGUCAGCGGCCGACCGUCUCAUCCUUCCGCGCAGGGCCGAGGAAAAAGCCCGCAUUCACCGUCAGCUGCAACGCUAAGGCGAUGGUUCAUGGCGAAAUGGGGGGGUUCUCAUCGAAAAUGGCAACGUUGUUGAUAUACGAGUUCCAGUUUCGAUCGUAUCGUGGAGCGCGUCUCAAGGAGGCCGAUAUCUUAUUCGAGUUCAAGCCCCUGCCAGGCGCAACGGGACGCGUUUCGGUGGCCCAGGUGAGACCAGACGGAGUGCACAAAAUGGAGAGGACCGAGCAACUGGAGGGUCAUAGUGUUUGGGCGGGCAUCACGGGGGCCCCGAUGCAGGCUAUUGGAGUUGAGGUGGGCGCGGACCGUACGGUCGAGAAGAUUACCGGACACCAUACCGUGGUUACUGGCGACCGACCGCAAGACGAUUGGGGCGAUUAUUACGAAGCUCGCUUCGCCUUGUAUGAGAACAAGUCGCAAGGGGACGGAAUCCCGUCGAAGUUGACGGCGUGUAUUCUGCUUGAAAGGGACGACGACCAGGAUUUCGUCUGUGUCCCGACCAUCUCCGUCAAGCCCAACUUCACGACUGCUGUGGCCACUCUCUUCUCGUCAAGGGAUCCAGAUGACCCUGUCUACUUUAACGUAGAUGAACCACCGGUUGACCUCCUGGAGGGUAGGGUAAAGAUAGACCCGACCAAUCUCGCGGCCACUAGACUGGACGAAGCGUGGGACUGCACCAUGUACAACAAUUACCAAGGGGCAGUCAAACCAUCCCAGCCCAGUCCUGCCUGA